AUGCAAUUUGUUGACAAAGAAGACAGUUAUCGGUCAGAAUUAUAUGAUUAUUUUGAGGAAGGGAAUCAUUAUACAGAAGAAUGUUUUAAUUACUUCAACAAUGAAGAGGACAAUGAGGAAGUCGAUUUUUAUGAUUAUUGCGAAGAAAGCGAGAAACCCAAUUUAUGUGAAUAUUGUGAAAACGAAGGCCAUGGCGUAUGGGAAUGUUAUGAAUUUGAUGAAAAUCAUACUGUUAGUAUUCCUGAAAACAAGUUUUGUGAGGUUUAUAAUGGAGUAGGUCAUCUCUGGAAGGAAUGUCCCAAAUCGCAAAAUAGUGUUUCUUGGGAAAAAGAGUCACCAGAGGGAAAGAAGAAAGGAAAAGAAACUUCUCUUUAA